AUGGGGGUGAGAAGGACCAGCCAGGUGUGUCUGGAUAAAGUGGGCAAGCAGGGACAGGUGGUGCCAUUCAGUCCCAGGCAGGUGCAGUGGGACCUGGCCAUGUUGGCCAGAAGGUGGGACCAGGAGUGUUGGGACAGGUCCUGGAUGAGUGACACUGAGAAGUUUCCGCUCCUGGAUCCUGCAAUGCAGAAAGCAGCAGUGAAAGUGAAGACAAAGAAGUUGAAUAAAAAGGUGGAGUGCAAGGCGACAGAAAUGAAAGAGAAGAAGAAGAAGCAGCAAAAGCUCAUGUCAAAGCGUAAACACCAAGAGAAGGCAGAUGCCAAGGAUUUGACCUCGCUGCGGCAGUGCCUGGGACCUGGCUGUGUGUAUCCUACCCGGCCAGGCUCCAAGUACUGCUCAGAUGAUUGUGGCAUGAAGCUCGCAGCUGACCGCAUCUAUGCGAUUCUGCCCCAGCGCAUCCAGCAGUGGCAGAAGAGCCCCUGUAUUGCUGAGGAGCGUGGCAAGAAAAUGCUUGAGCGCAUCCACCAAGAGCAGCAGGACACUCACACCCGCCUGAAGGACAUGGAGUGCCAUUUCUAUGAACUUGAGGCCAUAAUUCUGCGUGGCAAGCAGCAGCCUGUGUGCAAGGAUGAGGAGAUCAACAAAAGUAACAGGAACAAUGCAAACCUGCAGAUCUUCUGUGUCUCCUGCGGGCAGUCAAUUAACAUGCAUGUCGCCCUGCGCCACAUGGAACACUGUUUUGUCAAGUAUGAAGGCAAGUCGUCCUUCGGGUCCAUGUAUCCCACUUGCAUUGAAGGGGCCACCAGGCUCUUCUGUGAUGUUUACAACCCAAAGAGUAAGAGGUACUGUAAGCGGCUUCAGGUGCUGUGUCCUGAGCACUCGAGAGAUCCCAAGGCAUCAGAUGAUGAGGUGUGCGGUUGCCCACUAGUGCACAAUGUCUUUGAGUUCACUGGUAAUUUCUGUCGCCUACCUAAACGCGCGUGCAACCUCCACUAUUGCUGGGAGAAGCUGAGGCGUGCUGAGGUGGACCUAGAGCGUAUUCGCAUGUUGAACAAGCUGGAAGAGCUACUUGAGCAGGAGCACAAGGUGCGCACAGCUAUGACAAACCGGGCAGGGCUUCUGGCCCUGAUGCUUCACCAGACAGUCCAGCAUGACCCGCUCACCACUGACCUGCGCUCCAAAGCAGACAGCUGA